CUUUUUGCCUUUUUCCACUUUAGGAAAGAGUUGCGUCCCCUGUUAACUCUUCAACACCAGACAUGUUUGCAAAGAAAAUAACACACAAAUAUAUUUACACAGUAAAAAUGUCGAUAUUAUAACUGUUCUGUUAUACAGUUACAAGUGAUGGUCAGUUGAGGUAUUUAACUGUAAGGUAUGAGUACGGAAGAAAAUACAUUAAGCUACUUGUGGCUGCAGAUUGAGAAGCUUGAUAUAGAGUACUGGAAAUGGGUAGCAUGGAUGAUAUAUCCAGUUAUCAUAUCUUUCUUGUUGCCGUUGAUAAUACCAAUAUGUUUAUAUUGCUGUGCAAUAUUUCUCCAUGUUUACCAGUAUAGAAGAAGGCUACGAGACGCUUAUGCUCAAGAUUUUUGGGGUGGCGCUAGAAAUACUGUAGCUGUAUUCUGGGAGGCACAAGGCAGAAUUUGGCAUGGUUAUGAGAUAGUCGGGUUAGAUAAAGUACCUGACACAGGUCCAGCUAUGCUGAUAUAUUACCAUGGUGCUUUACCUAUAGACUUUUACUAUGUGAUGGCCAAAUGUCUUCUAGAGAAACGACGGCAAAUACAUGCAGUUGGUGACAACUUUCUCUUUAAUAUACCAGGUUUCCGUCUGAUGUGUGAAGUGUUUAAUGUAAGUCCUGGAACUGUACACAGCUGUGCUGAUAUACUCAAGGAAGGUCAUGUAUUAGGUAUUUCUCCAGGUGGUGUAAGAGAGGCCCUAUUUGGGGACGAGUAUUACAGAGUAAUGUGGGGUAACAGAUCUGGGUUUGCCAAAGUUGCUAUACAGACCAAAGUUCCAAUUAUUCCAAUGUUUACAAUGAAUAUUCGAGAGUCAUUCAGAACACCUGGAUGGGGAAGAAGUUCAUUGAGAUGGUUGUAUGAGAAGUGUCGACUACCUAUUGUUCCAAUUUAUGGAAAUUUUCCAGUCAAAAUGACAACGUAUCUGGGAUCUCCAAUUUAUCCAUCAGAAGAUAUGACCGCAGAAGAAUUAGCAGACAAGGUUAAGCUUGGUAUUGAAGAUUUAAUUAGGAAACACCAGAAAGUACCAGGCAAUGUGCUAAGGGCGUUGUCAGAGAGGAUUCUAUGGAAGGAAAAAGUUAGCUAGAAAACUUAUGUUGUUGUCUUGUAAUGGUAUUUCUUGUUUUCUGAAUAUUGCUGGCAUUUUUUUUAACAUUUACAUAUCUCAUACUGUAAAACUGAUCACUAAUGAAGCAGUUAAAAAAACCAUUUGCCUUGAAAAUGUUUCCACUCCAUUACUACAUAAUUCUUUGGCCUACUCUUUCCCAGCCAUACAGAUUAAUGUCUAUACUUCAAAUUUAUAUGAAUUAUAGAUUUUAAACAAUAAACAUGCACCAUUUUUAGAUGAUCUCUAUUUAUCCUUGUUUUGAUAUUGAGGUUAAAGUAUCAAUUUUGAAAAAGUACUGGACAUACUUUGUAUGUGUAUGCUCGGAACAAUUUUAUAUGUAAACAUGAUAACCUGGCAUAUACUACUAGGAAUAACUGGUUAUGUUUGACUUUAAUCUUUAGGGUAUGUCUGCUACAGGAGUAUCAGAUUUAAAGAAUUAUUUAGAACUUUGUCUGUUAGAUUUUUGUCUUACAUUUUUGGCCGGGUUGCAUAGGUGCAAACUGGGGUUAUAGUAUGGUGAAUGUUUUCUCAGCAACAACUUAUCACAGCCUCUUGAUAUUUUGUUUACAGCAUUAACAUGUGGUCUUAUACUGUGGGAUUCAAUUUCAGGUCCGUCUCUCAUGAUCCACUUCCUGUUUGCAGACUUAGUUUAAUUUUUAGCUCACCUGUCACAAAGUGACAGGGUGAGCUUUUGUGAUCGCUUUUCGUCCGGCGUCCGUCCGUCCAUCGUCCGUCCGUCCGUCGUCCGUCCGUAAACUUUUGCUUUAAAUGACAUCUCCUCAUAAACCACUGAGCCAAUUUCAUCCAAACUUCACAGGAAUGUUCCUUUGGUGGUCACCUUAAAAAUUGUUCAAAAAAAUUUAAUUCCAUGCAGAACUCUGGUUGCCAUGGCAACCGAAAGAAAAAUCUUUAAAUAUCUUCUUUUAAAACAACCCUAAGAGCUAGAGCUUAGAUAUUUGGCAUGAAACAUCUUCUAGUGAGUGUCUACCAAGUUUGUUCAAAUAAAAGCCCUGGGGUCAAAAUUGGCCCCGCCCCAGGGGGUCAUUGAUUUUCCCUAUAUGCAUAUAGUAAAAACUUAAAAAAAUCUUCUUUUAAAGAACCCAAAGAGCUAGAGCUAAGAUAUUUGGCAUGAAACAUCUUCUAGUGAGUGUCUACCAAGUUUGUUCAAAUAAAAGCACUGGGGUCAAAAUUGGCCCCGCCCCGGGGGUCAUUGAUUUUCCCUAUAUGCAUAUAGUAAAAACUUAAAAAAUCUUCUUUUAAAGAACCGUAAGAGCUAGAGCUUAGAUAUUAAGCAUGAAACAUCUUCUAGUGAGUGUCUACCAAGUUUGUUCAAAUAAAAGCCCUGGGGUCAAAAUUGGCCCCGCCCCGGGGGGUCAUUGAAUUUCCCUAUAUGCAUAUAGUAAAACUUAAAAAUCUUCUUUUAAAGAACCAUAAGAGCUAGAGCUUAGAUAUUUGGCAUGAAACAUCUUCUAGUGAAUGUCUACCAAGUUUGUUCAAAUUAAAGCCCUGGGGUCAAAAUUGGCCCCGCCCCGGGGGGUCAUUGAAUUUCCCUAUAUGCAUAUAGUAAAACUUAAAAAUCUUCUUUUAAAGAACCAUAAGAGCUAGAGCUUAGAUAUUUGGCAUGAAACAUCUUCUAGUGAAUGUCUACCAAGUUUGUUCAAAUAAAAGCCCUGGGGUCAAAAUUGGCCCCGCCCCAGGGGGUCAUUGAUUUUCCCUAUAUGCAUAUAGUAAAAACUUAAAAAAUCUUCUUUUAAAGAACUCAAUAAGCUAGAGCUAAGAUAUUUAGCAUGAAACAUGUUCUAAUGGGUGUCUACCAAGUAUGUUCAAAUAAAAGCCCUGGGGUCAAAACUGGCCCCGCCCGGGGGGUCAUUGAUUUUCCUUAUAUGUGUAUAGCAAAAACUUAAAAGUCUUCUUUGAAAAAACCCAAAUAGCUAGAGUUUAGAUAUUAAGCAUGAAACAUAUUUAAGUAAAUAUCUACUAAAGUUUGUUCAAAUAAAAGCCCGGGGGUCAAAAACUGGCCCUGCCCCAGGGGUGUCAUUGUUUUUAACUAUAUGUGUAUAGUAAAAACUUUAAAAAUCUUCUUUUAAAAAACCCAAUGAGCUAGAGCUUAGAUGUUUAGCAUGAAACAUCUUCUUAUGGGUGUCUACCAAGUUUGUUCAAAUAAAAGCCCUUGGGUAAAAAUUGG